ACCACCCUAGCAUCAGAGAUGGUGUUAGCAACCAGUAGCUAUUUGUGUAGUAGCCAGCUAGCUAUGCAUAGCUAGCCUGUUAAUAAUCUAGCUAGUAAUCUAUGAACAGAGGAGCAUUUACCUUUCAGUGCUGACUGUAUUGUUGGUUUCGUAAACAUGACCUCAUACAAUCCAUCUGUUUUUCUUCUCAUGGUCAAUGGGCAAAUCGAGGGAGCUAAUUUCCCGGAAUACGAUGAUUUAUACUGCAAAUACUGUUUUGUGUACGGACACGACUGGGCACCUACGUCAGGUCUGGAGGAGGGAAUAUCUCAGAUAACAUCAAAGGGAAGGGAUUCCUCUAGAAGUUUGGUGUGGAACUUUCCACUGGACAUCACUUUCAAAAGCACCAACCCAUUUGGCUGGCCUCAGAUUGUGGUCAGUGUGUAUGGCCCAGAUUCAUUUGGAAAUGAUGUUGUCAGAGGUUAUGGAGCAGUACAUGUUCCGUUUAGCCCUGGAACACACACAAGGACCAUUCCAAUGUUUGUUCCUGAAUCCACCUCAAGACUGCAGAAAUUCACAAGCUGGUUGAUGGGCAGACGUCCAGAGUAUACAGAUCCCAAGGUUGUUGCCCAAGGAGAGGGCAGAGAAGUAACUAGGGUGCGCUCCCAGGGCUUUGUAACACUACAGUUCAACAUUGUUACCAAGGACAUGAAGAAGCUGGGUUAUGACACUACCUCCACAGAGCAAGCACCUGCCAUGCAUCUGUCCAGAACAGAGCAACCUUAUGGAAGCUGAUGUGAGCUACAGCCGCUAACAUGUUUCAUGUACAAAGUGUUAUUCCAAAUUAGUUACUUUAAGUUAUUUCUGUAAAUGUAUGAAAGGUAUAGAUAUUUUACUAUGGUGUCUAUGUAUGUGUAAUAAACACUUCAGGUGUAACAAGAAUCUACCAUUAUA